AUGGGAUCGUGUGUAGGAUGAGUAGAGCAGUUCUACAGGUAUGUAAAUUUUUUUGGUCAUUUGCAAUCGGCAGAGCCAACGAGAGGGUAAGUUUUUAUGCAGCAGCAUGGCUCUGUAAAGGUUUCUUGCUAGCUCCUAGCUAGAGCUAAAUGUACAAUAACUGAGCUGUCUAGAGAAAUCGUUCUGACAUAAUUCGAAUGUGAUUUUUGAGUGUCAGGACAAGGAAAUAUAUUAGUGAUGUAGAUUUUAGUUAUGGUAGAUUAAUCAGGGCGUCUGUAUACGUAGUGUAUUGCUAGUGGAAAUUUGGACAUAUGUAGAGUUGAUUGACUAAAUUAGUAAGUGGAACAAUCUUAAUUAAUUAAGUUAAAGCUGUUCUCGUUUUUGAGUAGUUAUGAAGUUUGUUUGUCUCACUUGUCACACAGCUUUACCUUUACUAUGUCAUCUGUCCGUCUACCUAUCUGUCCUUCUGUAUGUUUGCUGUUGUGUCCUGACAAGCUGUCUGUCUGUCUGUCUGUCUGUCCGUCUGUCUGUCUGGGUAAAGGAAAACUCUCUCUCCCCUUGCAAUAAUCGGCCAGUUUUCAGUGGCAUCUACGACAUCAUAUUAAAACCAGUUGUUUCAUAAGAAGGUCUGAUGCAUCUUUUGAAACAUUCUGGAAGUCUUUUGUUAGAAUUAUAGACCGGAGGUUACAAUUACAUGACUGUUUGUAGCGUUCUUUAGCUGGUCGUUUUAGUGUAAAAGGAUUUAGAUUGUUAUUGUUUUUAGAAGUCGUAACGGCUCUCAAUAAUAAUAAUAAUAAUGACUGUCUGUCUGUCUGUUGAUUUAGAAAUUCUAAAACUGUUACCAUCUUGCGACUAGAUCAUGUAAUAAUGCUUAUCAAAGAAUAAAAUAAUCUGUUUGUCUAUCUGUCUGUCAGUCUGUCUAUCAAUCACAUAUAUUUGAACUUUUAUCAAUGAUACAUUUUGCAAUGCAGGGUACUAUGUUUUGUCCAACUACUAGUAGUGUUCAUCAACUAAACUAAGCUAAAAUUGAAACUUGUGUAAAACAAAAUGAGGACUACACUUAAAAGCUACUGUCUGUCUGUUUGUCUGUCUCUGUCUGUCCGUCUCUGUCUGUCUGUCUGUCUGUCUGUCUGUCUGUCUGUCUGUCUCAUUACAUAUAUUUUCAAACAUUGAACUAUUAUGCACCAUCUAAGCACUAAAUACUACCCAAGUCAUUAGGACUUGGUUCUACCUACGAUUAUGUAUGUUUACGUGGCUGUCUCUUGAAACAAUCUUCUUUAUUUUUCUGUCAAUCACUCUAGCAUUUGAUCGUUGUAGACACACAGAAAACACGGAUCUCCAGUAUGACUUGAAGGUUGAUGCAUUUGACUUUCCGUCUUCGUCUCUUGAUAGCUGUGACAGUUUCCUUAAAUAGUUUUCUUCAGCUUUCUCUCCCCAACAGCCAAAAUGUUCGAAGACUAUAGGCACAAAUGUUGGUUGAAAACUUCUAGGCAAGAGCUCCUGGUCGUACUUUUUGAUCUUCAGAUUCUCUUCUGGUUGCCGCUGCUCUCUGAGUUGUAGCUGAUAAACCUUCUAUUUCAUUACUCCAGGGAUGCGCUAGACCAAUAUCCAAUUGAAGAUCCCCCUCCCCCCUCCGAUGCCAAAUCAAAUAUGACUAUGUCUGAUCUGUCUUCAGAAUUGACAGAUCUUCCUCUAGGUUCUUUUACGUAAUGCAAUUGCUGUUGACUCAAACAGUCUGACCAUGCUGAAAUCAUGUUGUUAUGGCUGAUUACCGGGCCGCCCCCAGUCUUACAUGUUAUUAGGUGGUAUCCAUCUGAGUCUAAGUCUUUCCCACAGUCACACUGACCAGAAGCCAAAGGCAUUUGGCAGCCCAGUCUUAUCAAGGAUGCCAAGCGGAAAUUGCACGGAGAUAAUGCAUGCCAUGAUGAUGAUGGUAUUGUCAAGAGCCACACUCCUGCACCUUUGCCUUGCAAGGACUUCAUUCGAGAUUGGUCUCUAGUCGAAGAUGAAUUAUGAAUAAAACCAUUUGACAGAGAUUUCAUGUACUCCUCAGUCAGCCUGUGUUGUAGUUGCUUCCUGUCGUUGAUAACUUGUACGAGAGUUUUGUUUUGAGGCAAAACAUUGCACAAAUCUCUGCUGAUGGAACUAUUUGAAUGAUGUGAAUUCUGAACUUCAUCAAGCAAUCUCUCAGCAUCAGGAAUUUGUUUUGCUAUUGUAUUCAGGGUUGAAGCCCAACUAGACAGAAAUGCAAAUGGUGCUGUAGAUGUUAAUAAAGCUAUUACCUCUACCCAAAAGAUUGGUGAACGUUGAUCUUGUCAGUGUGUCAUGGAUGGCUGCAGUGGACUCCAAAAGUCUAGGUGGAAACAGUUCGUGAUAGGAAGUUCAUCCGAGUAACAUGACAAUAUCUCAGCAAGAGCAUGCCACACUGGGGAUCUUGCAACUGCAACAGCUUACCACACAAAUUAUAUCCCGAUUGUGCAACAGCAGAGCAAGAUUUGAUGAUGUAUGAUGAGCUUCCUAUAGGUGUGCCCAGAAUUCUACAUCCUUGACCUGUGGCUGGUAUGGAAGUUGACUCAGAGAUGGUGUUAAGCAACGGUAAUGAGGAACAAUAUAUCUCACACUUCUUCUCCUCAAUCAUGAGAUUAAUGUUGCUGAAAGCAGAUCUCAGCCUUUCAAAGACAUGAAACACUUGAUCAGGACUGCCAAUGAGAUAAACGUCAUUCAGGAACGUAUUUUCUAGAGGAAGAAAAUGCUGUACGGACUAAUUGAUCAAACUGACACUUAUUUCAAACACCUUUGAAAUUAUCACACAAUCUCUAAAGUAUGCGAAGUUUUCUCUUGCUGCCCGAACGUCAAACUUGUCCAGGACACGUCGUUGAUACGUAAUUCCACUGCAAAAGUCAAACUGGAGAUGUACGGAUGCGUGCAGGGUGGUUUUCCAGCUAGACGAUGCUUACACUCGGAGACGCGCGAAACACGACGUUACGGUGUCAAAUACCCUAACAAGUGUUCACCGCUUGCAGUACGACAGCGAAUCGUUUGGCGUUGAGUUUGUCUGUCGCAGCAAAAGGCAGUCAAGUUAGUUGGCAUCUAAACUGGUGCGUCACCUGUCUCUAGUCAUUAUCCCAAACUUUUUCUCUCUCGAAAUGGAUACGGCAGAGAAAUCUGACGUAGACGUCGGAGGUUUAGAAUCGAGCCAGGUAUGCGCAAGCUGCGGGGAGUUUAUUCCCGACCGGUACUUGCUGAAAAUGGACGAGCGCUUUUGGCACGAGAAGUGUCUCCGUUGUUCUGCGUGCCAUGUCAAUCUGAGCGACGAAACGAGCUGUUUCGUCAAGCAAGACCGCAUUUACUGCCGACUCGACUACUUCAAGCUUUACGGUAUCAAGUGUGCGGCCUGUUUGCACGUUAUCCUUUCAAGUGACUGGAUUCGUCAGGCGCACAAAAAGUUCUAUCAUUUAGCGUGCUUUUCCUGUCAUCUCUGUCAGCGGCAGUUGUCGACCGGAGAAGAGUUUGUGCUGCAGAAUGAGAAUGUUAUCUGCAAGCACCACUUCGUCGAUGUGGACACAGACGAGGACGGUCACAACAAGCAGCAAAUUGAGGAAGGGAUAGUCAGCGGCAGUAAAAGGAGGGCGAGACGGCAUCAGCAUCACUCGAAGCGACCGCGUACCAUCUUCAGCGAACAACAGCUGCAAGUGUUGCAAAGACACUAUAACCUUGAACCCAACCCGGACGCUCAAGAACUCGACCGUAUCGCUCACUCGACAGGACUGAGCAAGCGAGUGACGCAAGUAUGGUUUCAGAACAAUCGAGCACGUCACAGAAGACAUACGGCAGAGCUACAUAGUCAACUCCCAAAAAUGGGUUACGGCAGUAAUUCUGUUUCCACGCUGAGAAUGCGUCCGUUCCUACUAGACGCUGCUCUGCUAAUUAAUAGGCGGACUGCGGCAACAGAGCAGCCACCAAACAGAAUUAUUGGAUGUUGUUCUCAAUGUGGUCUCACCUACUGUCACUGUUGUCGACAAGAGUCUGAUUUUUGACAAUUUUCUACGCUUGGUCUAGCUGUGCAGACGACGAUUUGUGAUUUUUCGAUCUGGUGAUGAAGACGUACGUACAACAAUGCCAGCUUUGUUUCCGUGCUGUAAGCAUCCGUAGCUCCACCUGAUAAUAAUCGUAUUGUAUAUCUCACUUGAUAAGAUCGGAUACAAUUGCACUUAUUACGCAAUAGUGUAGUCA